GGGACAUUUGUGCUCUGCUUGGAACUGAUCUGUGCCCAUCAACUCAAAGCUUCCCCUCUCUCUUGUGUAGGAGGAGUUCUUGAGGUUUCAGGAGACCUAGAAAGUUUCAGAAGAUGUCUUGCGGUGGAAGUUGCAACUGCGGUUCGAGCUGCGGCUGCGGCGGUGGAUGCGGACGCAGGAAGAUGUACCCUGACUUGGCCGAGAAGAGCGCCGCCGCCCUGGUGACAGCGACCUUGGUCCUCGGCGUUGCCCUUGAGAAGGGGCGCCUCGAGGAGGGUUUCGAGAAGGCCGCGGAGUCCGGUGAGGCCGAGGCCGGCCAUGGUUGCAGCUGCGGCACCGGCUGCAAGUGCAACCCCUGCAGCUGCUGAUGGACAAGGUGAUGAUUUGUGUUCAUACUCUUCAGCCUCUGUGUGUGUGGCCGUGAGUAAAUACUAAAUAAGGAUUCGUCCGGAGUUCAAGACACCCAGUGCGAUGUAUCAUGUAUGAUGUAUCAUGUAUGAACAAGUGAGAAACACCUUUGUGAUGGUGUGGAAAUGUGGAUUGUGUGUGUGGUUGGGGAACCAUGUGGCUACCAAACUACCAAGCUUCUGUUCAUCCGAUCGGUGUUCGUGUGUUGUAGUGGUGUGCUGUCCCGUGGAAUAUAAGCUGGUUUCCUUGUGCAUCU